AUGAGCCAAAAGCUAACAACUUUCGACUCGUCCAAGCAGCUUCAGAUUGAUAUAUACAAACGUCAAGACUGUCCACUACGAGUAGCGGUGACUUCAUUUGAGCAAGAGGGAGAAAAUCAAUGUCGUGAAAAACUUGGUCUACUGAGAUCCUUCACAAAUUGGAGCGCUCUGAUAAGGCUUGCUAAACAACCAAAGCGACAACUUCGUCCGUUGGUACCGCGAAAACCUCUUGAGUUCGAGCUUUAUACCUUACCAGGUCAGUUCUGGAAAAAGUCCAAGUCAAGCUGAAAUGUACACUAAACACAAAAGGUCAAACGCCUGUUCCAAACUCCAACUCAAGGCCGAGUUACUUUGGCGUCGCGGAAGAAGUUCAUCCUCAGAUCACAGUCGAAAGUUACGCAGAGAUUAUCCAACGAUGGGUCAAAGAUUGUUGCGAAAACCAUGCUAUUUGCUCCUUGCAAGAUGAUGGCGUACCAUUUGUACCAAGCCGAUUAUUAGAUUUGAGUGGUGAACAAGGGGAAUUAAUUCGACUAGUUGAAACGAUGCAUUUUGUUAAUGUUAGCGAGUCAUACGCAACUCUAAGCCAUUGUUGGGGAAAUGCUCAUUUAAUUCAAACCAACAGAAAAACUCUUCAGAAACAUAAGACAGGUAUUGAAAUAUGCGAUCUCCCGAAGACAUUUGCAGAUGUUGUCACAAUACUGCGAACGCUUCGCAUUCGCUAUGUGUGGAUUGACAGUUUAUGUAUCAUUCAGAAGGAUGACAUAGACUGGAAAGAACAAGCGGCACAGAUGGCUAGGAUAUACUCUAAAAGUUGUUUGAAUAUUGCUGCAACAGCGGCAUCGGACAGUACAGGAGGCUGUCUCAAUACGCGGAGCUUGAGGCACGGUGUAAUGUCAGAUCUUAAAGCAUGGCCUAUUAAUACGAGUAAUAUGUCCUAUGGAGGGGCCAUAGUCUAUAUCCGACCUUCAUUUCAUGCAGUACAUCAACGUUUCAAUAUCCGCAAAAGGAACCGCGAAACCGAUCCUGCAGACCACGAAAUCACAUCCCUACUAUCAAGAGCGUGGAUAUUUCAAGAGCGACAAUUAGCGCCACGGACUAUUCAUUUCCAUCCCACAGAACUAAUCAUGGAAUGUAAAUCUGGUCUCCGCUGUGAAUGUAUCGGCCUUGAAAAUAUAUACAAAACCUCCCGGUCAAAGCUAGCCGAUAUCAAUUCGCUAGAUAAACGUCAUAUUCUAGAUCGGUGGCUCGGUUUGAUCAACGAGUAUUCGAAACUACUCAUCACAUAUGAUAGAGACAGAUUGGUAGCUCUUAUUGGAAUAGCGAAAAUCUUUCAGGACCGCCUUGAAUCCCAUUAUCUCGCAGGGAUAUGGCUCACUGAUCUCGCUAGAGGUCUUUUAUGGAAUGUAGCAAAGCCAUUACCAUUUGAAAAAAACGACAAUCUAAAUAUAUAUCGAUGCACCUCCGAGUCGAAAUUUGCUCCCAGUUGGUCGUGGGCAUCUCUCGUAUCCGAUCGAAAGGACACUCCAAUUAACUUCCUACUUCUGUAUGAAGAUUCUUUUGAGGCGCAUAGCCGUUUUGCUUAUGUUCAGACGAAUAUUCCCAUGUUAGUCAUAGAUUCCUUGAAAAAUCCAGAACCUGCGUACCUUAUUGUUCGAGGAUUGACUAUCAGCGCUAGACUAUUUCAUGGCUACGAUAAGCAUGAUCGCACCUUAAAUGAUACUACUCUCAAGUUCCCACAGGUUCAUCAUAAGAAUUCUCUCGGCUUUGCUUUGGAUUGUACGCUUUCCCAGUCCGGAACCACGGAUGGUGAUGAAGUGUGUUGCUUACUUGUCGGAACCUCCAGCCAAUACGGAAUUAGGUUUGGAUCGCGGAAUCGUUGGUUACACAUUCUUGUUUGUAAACUUUACCAGGAUUCUGGGGCUUAUGAACGCUUGGGGAUUUGUGCAGCUCAUUCAAAUAGUAGGAUAUUUCGGACGGCGCAGGAAAACACUUUGAAACUUAUUUAG